AUGGACCUCUUGACUGUGGAUAAGCAAAAAUUGGAUCUUGAUUUAAAUCUUUUGACUGCCGAAAAGAAUGACAUUUCUGUACAGUUGUGUCGUCAAAAGGAGCUUUACAUAGCUGCGAAAAGACAUAUUCACUGUCUAGAAGAUGAGCUGCUUGGUAUGAAAAAAGAAACGGACAAGAAAUUCGAAGAACUAGAAGAAAAUUUGAUGCAUUAUCAACUUCUUGUCAAAAAUGCUAAUGAUCAUAUUUUUAGAUUAGAAGAAAGGGAACAAGACCUUAGAUCAGAAUUAUCUGCACAAAAUGAAAGAUACACUAAAUUACUUAAGAUUUAUGUGGAUUAUAUAGAAACAAACAAUUUAUCUGUGUCAAACAACGAUGAUGAAUCGGGAACUGUAUGCGUUAGUUGUGAAAAAGAUACUAAACCAAAUGAGCCAGUAUUAAAAUCGACUGCUAAUUCAAACUCCAUAAAUGAUAAUCCCAAUCAAAUUUCAGUUGAAUCGGGUUGCAUUUUAAACUCAAAUUCUGAAAACCAUGACAUUUCAGCCGUUAGAAUUGACUUAACACAAUCGGGACCUGGUGUGAACGUCUUGCACUCUCUUGAUAGUUCUCUAAAGUCAAAUAAUCGUACUGCUUCUUUUAUUGACAUUUAUGAUGAUAUCGUAGAUUAUGAAGCAGCUUUAGAAUCAACUCCUGUUAUGGGUACUGGUGAUGAUGUUGAAGAAAUCGAAUCUCUUGAUGUUUGUGAACCUUCUGUAGGUAUGGUAAAAGAAGUUGAGAAAUUAAUUAAAGAAAAUACUGAUUUGUAUGAAACAAAAAAUGCGCUAAAUAUUUUAAAAGAUGAUCUAAUAAAAAAACUAGAUGAAGUGACUGGUGAGAAAUCUAUGUUAAUUCAAGAAAUACAUGCUAUGCGUACCAAUAGAGAUGAAAUUAAAUCUGAAGCUAGUCGUUUAUCACGUUUAGUUUAUGAAUGUCGUGAUCAAAUAUCUAGUUUAACUGCACGUCUUAAAAUUUAUGAAGACGUCAACGAAGCUGAUCAACGUCCAUCUAGAUUACCCCUUACUUCAAUACAACAGUCGAAAUCUUGUUGGACAUUAAAUGUAGAAGAUACAUGUCACAUGUCAUCAAAAUAUCGUAAUAAAUCUGUGGAUAAUUUGAAUGAUGUUUCACCAUUGAAUGAUAUGACUAAAACUGAAGAUGGAUGCGAUUCACAAAGUACCCUUAAUAAAGUACCGAAAUUCGGUGAAGCUUUCUUCACUAAACGAGAGAUGGCUCGUGUUAUCGCAGAACGUAACAGUUAUAAAGAGAAAUUCUUGGAACUACAAGAUGCAUUACGCUUAAUGGAGAGAUUACGAGCAGAUCACAGUUCUCGUUUACAAGUUUCGACAGCUGAUAGUUUUGAGCGUUGGGUACCAAGAUCAUUCUUUUCAACCGUCCAGUCGGGUUUAACUGGAUUAUUUUCAACUUUUGAUCAGGCUGUUCCUUUAGCUUCUGUUUUGCCGUCAGAAGCUCAAUGUCUUAGUCCAUAUCAGUUAAAUGAUUCUAACUACUCUUUGUCACAAGGUUCCCACAAUAUAUCAGUUCAGUAUAUGAAUGCCUCAAAUAAUAAACGGAGGAAAUCUGUUGGAUUAAGAAACAUGUUUAGUAGACUAUUUGGUUAUACAGUUGCACAUGGUCCUGAUUCAAACAUCGUUAAUGCUGGUCAUGAUUUAGCUACCGAUGUAGAUAGUCACUCACUUGGCGAAUCUGUAUCGAAAUCACUGGAAUCUAACCUUGAUUAA